AUGGCUGCUCCGACAGUCACCCGCCUGUCAGGACAGGGUCUUUGCUCGACUUGCCUGUCACGCAUCGUCCGGCAAGCAUACUCGCCUGAUGUCUUUCUAAUAUCGUCGUUCCACACAAAGAGGAAGCUUCACAAUAGUGCUCUUCGCGCCAACAGAGAAGCAAGGCAGAGCGCGUCCAGUCCUCAUAACUUUGUCCAAGACUACUUCUCCGCCAACAAUUCGAUUGAAAGAGGAUGGGUGAAAAGCGGGCUCUUGGCUGCCAUGCGCACCGUCGCGGAACCACAGCAUGGGAGCAAUAUCGGGCUAUCGCGAGAAGAAAAGGAGGUUCGAGCAAGAGAGGAGUUCGAAAAGAUAUCCCUGGACCACAAGAUGGCUUCUAUGGGCAAGGAUGAGAAAGGAAGUGUGGAUUCAGUACUGCCAGAUCCAGAACCUGUGCAAGCAGUUUCCAACACCGAAUCCGAUGAUGUGUUACCACACAGGAGGAGGAAAAGACGAAAGGAUGCUGAGCGCUCUUCACAGACUCCGGGAGAGUCGCUACCGUUGGAUGCUUCAUCACAAUUGACAACAGCCGCGACCAGCAUGCCGAAGUCUGCCAUCUUUCGUCGCAGGUUUGCAACAUAUUUGUCCUUGACGAAACCUCGAUUGUCGUUUUUAAUCCUGCUAACGACCACCUCGGCUUAUUCCCUAUAUCCCAUUCCGGAAUUGCUCUCAUCGACAGCUUCAUCGGUUGACUCAUCCUUGUCGACAUCGACAUUGACGCUCCUGUUUCUCACCACGGGCACAUUCCUAUCAUGCGCAUGUGCAAACACACUAAACAUGCUUUUCGAGCCCAAAUAUGACGCUCUGAUGACUCGAACGCGCAAUAGACCUCUUGUACGAGGCCUUGUUUCCAUGCGGGCGGCGACGGUCUUUGCCUUCCUUUGCGGGGCAUCUGGUCUCUUGCUUCUGGGAUAUGGAACCAACCCGACCGUGGCUGGACUCUCGGCUCUCAACAUUUUUCUUUAUGCUGGAGUCUACACCCCGAUGAAGCGAUUGUCUGCAGCCAACACCUGGGUCGGCGCCAUAGUUGGCGGCAUCCCUCCUCUCAUGGGUUGGUGUGCUGCCGCGGGAGAGGCUGCUACAUCCGAGCAUCAUUCGUGGCAAGAUUUACUUCUAUCUGAGAACGCCAUAGGUGGUUGGGCUCUGGCUGCGUUGUUGUUCGCUUGGCAGUUCCCGCAUUUCAUGUCUUUGUCUCACACCAUCCGCGAAGACUACCGCAACGCCGGGCACAAAAUGCUGGCUUGGACAAAUCCUGGUCGAAAUGCUCGUGUUGCGCUCCGAUACUCCCUGGCAAUGUUUCCGAUAUGUGGAGUAUUGUACUGGGCUGGAUAUGUGGAUUCUGGCUUCCUCGUCAUCAGCACCGCGUGCAAUGCUUGGAUGACCCGGGAAGCGAUUCGUUUCUGGCGAAUGCAGGGAGCUGGAGGCAGCGCUCGAGGCCUAUUUUGGGCAAGCGUAUGGCAGCUACCGCUUGUAAUGGUUGCGGCCUUGGUGUGCAAACGAGGUUUGUGGGAUGGAUUCCUGGGAAAGAAUGAACCAGCCGACGUUUACGACGAGGAUCAACUGGAAGAUCUUGAUGAUGCCUUGGGCAUGGACUCCGCAAAUCCCUCCCAACGAUCAAAGGCUCCUCCGGACAUCAACCUUGCAAUGAUGGGCUUCAAGCGGCCAACAUGA